AUUGGAGAGUCUUGUAAUGAUAUCUCAUGUAGUGAUGACUUGUUUAAUGAUAAUUAUAGACAGAGUUGUACUACUAAUACAGGGUUUAUAAGACAACAAGAAUCUCAAAGUGAAGAUAAUUAUAAUAACGACAAUAAUAACGAUUUAUCAGUGUUUGAGUCUAAGAAAGAGCGUUCACUUCUUGAUGAAGACAAUCAAUUAAGUACUAUCAGCGAUGACAACAUAUAUUUUUGUAUUAGGAAUUACAUCCAAGAAGUCGAUGGAUUCAAGUUAUCUUCGAUGGAUAAUAUCUAUUCAACAUUGCUUUUAUACAUUAUAAAAAGCAUCAAAAGACAACUUACCGCAGAUGACAACACAUCCAUUAAAACCUGCUCUUCAAUUGAGAGAUGAGUUAGAAAAGGCGUAAUCAUUAACAAAGUUGG